CCCAAGGCCAAGGACGCGCCUUGUAAAAGUCUUCUAUUGGCUUGUAGAAGCAGCAAAUUUUGGAACUGUAUACUUGUCUUCAUCAUACAAUUAGAUCUCUUCCUCUCUCUCUCAGAUCGCUUUCUUAUUUACCUGAUAUCUGACUUUAUCAUCGGCAGCAAGCAGUGUGGUAGACAGGUGAAAUGACUUCAUGUUGGAGAAUCAAGAGGGAUAAGAAACCAGAAAUGGAAACAGCAUUCAUGAAGAAUGGAGGAAUGUUACUAGAGAAGCUAAUUGCCUCUUGUGAUGGGAAAUGUAAUCCUCUUCGUAUCUAUCCUGCUGAUGAGCUCAAGAGAGCAACAAAUGACUAUGAUCCACAGAAGAUUAUAACUCGUGAUUCAGGCUAUAAGCUGUACAAGGGUGUUUUGCAACAAAGACCCGUUUCCGUAAAGAAGUUCAAGGAAAACUCUGAACAAUAUGAAUAUUGUUUCAAUGACAUUGUAUUUGCCUCUCAAAUGAGCGUCCAUAAAAAUUUUCUCAAGUUGUUGGGUUGCUGCUUGGAGACUAAGAUUCCUAUUCUUGUUUUUGAAUCAGUUGAGGAUGGUUCGCUUGCUGAUCGUCUUUAUGGUCCCAACAAAACUCAUUUUGAACCAUUACUAUGGACACAAAGGUUAAAGAUUGCAAUGGAGAUUGCUAAUGCAAUUGCAUAUCUUCAUGCUGCAUUUCCUAAGCCCAUUGUUUUUAGAAAUAUCAAACCUUUGAAUAUCUUCCUGGAUGAAUCCCAUGUUGCCAAAUUGUCUGAUUUCUCACUUGCUGUGUCUAUUCCUGAAGGUGAAUCCCAUGUAAAGGAUUUUGUGGCAGGCGGAUUGGGGCUCAUUGCACCGGAGUACUGUACUACAAACUGUUUCAAUGAGAAGCAGGAUGUUUUUAACUUUGGCAUAUUUCUACUGAUGCUUUUGACAGGACAAAUGGCGGUCGAUCCACGUAGGGAACUUGUUUUGGUGGAUCAUGUGAAGAAAUAUAUUGAAGAUGAUAGGUUUAAUGAUAUUGUGGAUUCUAUUAUUGUGGAAGAGGGAUCUUGGCUAGGAAAAUAUCAGCAAUUGCAAACUUUUAAAGUGCUUUCCAUUAGAUGUAUCUCUGAAUCAGAAGAAGAUAGGCCAGAAAUGAUUGAUGUGGCCAAAGAACUAAGGCAAAUGUACAAGUCUGCAAUUUCCCCUAGUUAGCUUACCCUCAUAAAGAUUGACCAUGUACCUUGUCCAUCACACUCAUCCAAUUACUUUUCCAUGUACCAUUUUGAGUAGGGUGGUGAUAUUGUUAGGACUAAUUUUAUAAUUUAAUGAUCUUGGACUAAUUUUAUAUUGUAA